AUGGUUCAUCACGAUGCGGCGAGUCGUUGGAGGGUCGGGCCUACAUCGAGUGGUCGUUCGAGUCUGGGGCUCUUUCUCAGCCACUCCUCCAAGCCCACCAUCCCUGGAUUCACCUCCUUGACCUUUCGCAGAUCAGCUCUGUACUCCUCCGAGGCGAACCACUCCACCAUCGAGCCCAAUUCCUUCACUCCCGUCUUCAAUCCUUUUCCCAACAAUCCCCACGUGGUCGGCACCGGCUUACCAGUCACCCUCUCAAAGACCCUGUUCAUCUCCUCAAAAGUCAACUCAUCCCCCGCCAGUCACAUCGCCUUUUUAUUCCACUCCUCCGGAUUAUGGAACGCCUCCGCAGCAAAGAAGCCGAUGUCUCUUGUGGCAAUCCACUGCAGCGGCUUAUCUCGCCCGAGAGUAUCCCUCAGCAAAGUCAUGAACACCUUGCCCGCAAACCCGGGAGAGAGGUUAUCCAUAAAUAUCACCGGUCUCAGAAUCGUCCAGCCCAGGGUUCUGGUCGCGCUCUUCCGCAAGUAG